UUCGUAAGAAAAGAAAUGGAAUCGAAUUACGUGUGGAAAAUUGCAGGAAUCGAUGAGCCUAUGUGGAUGAUCGUGAAUCAAUCCAACAAUCAAAUAAUUGAGGCACUUCAGUUUUAUAUAUUUGAAACUCUUCAGGAAAAAUUAAAAUUUAGGUAUGAAGUCAUUCAACCCAUGCCAAAAGUUGCUUUACAACAGCAUCCAAAUGGAAGUUAUUAUGGAAUGAUGGGACAGAUAAUUAAUAAGGAAGCAGACAUGUCCCCUUUUCCUGUGUAUAUGAAACAGAAAUUGAAGCCGACUUGGAAGACUAUUUUUAGACCAUUUACAUUCGAGGUAUGGUUGUCAAUCUUAAUAUCGAUUGUAUUAACUGGAACUAUUUUGUCUCAUAUUAUGAAGAGAGCAAAUUCCUUACAUGGAUCGAGGAAAUAUUGGUCAGUAAAGAAAAGCAUUUGGCUUUUGUUUUCAAAUAUCACUCUACAAGGAAUUAAUUUAGAUCGUAUUGUUCGAAUUUCAACAAGGAUUAUAAUCGGAGUUUGGCUGAUUACAGUAGUUGUUGUGGGAUAUGGCUACAGUGGAAUUCUGAUGUCUUUCCUAACUGCUCCGAAUUACGAAUGGACUCCAAGAAAUUACCAUGAAUUAGCUUCUGCAGUAGAAAGUGGCGACUUCUCCUGCGGUAUAAGUAUUCAUGCGAAAACCUUGCUUUUCAAGGAAAAUGAAACUGGAAUUUGGAAAACGUUGAGUGAUCAUGUUAAUAAAAAAGACAAUUACUUGACUAUAGAUAAUGCUAUCGAAAAAAUAAAAGGCGGUCGUUUCGCGUUUAUAGAAAAUAUUGGUUUGAUAGACAAGUUUAUCAGAAAAGAACUAGAUGGAAAAAUAGUUACAAGUGAGGAUGUGCUUGCAACGUAUUCUGUGGCCUUUGCCCUCAGAAAAAAUUUUCUGUAUAAGAAACAGAUUAGUAAAAUCGUACGUCGUAUGUUUGAAAGUGGAAUAAGUGAAUUCCUUAGAAGCAAAGAAUUAACAAUUCCAAUAUAUGAAAAGGACGAUAUUGCACCAUUAAACUGCAACGAACUCCUAGGGAGCUUUCUUCUUCUCAUUACAGGUUAUGUAUUGUCUAUGAUUUGUUUUGCUAAAGAAUUAGUCGUAAGAAAAGUAAAACCGAUUUCAACACUACAAUAAAUAAGCAUUCAUAAGUAGUUUGCAAGUCCUGUGCCAUCACUGAUAAUUAAAUAUUUCACUUUAUCUUUAUCUUUUCACUGAAGAUGUAGUAGUACAUAUUUUUCUUAUGGAUGUGAGUAUUCAAAUUAAGGAAAAUAAAUUUCGGCAGCAAUUCAUUAUUUUUUAUUAAUUUGUACAGAAAAAUAUUCCGAAUAAUACUGGAAGGUGGGAUAAGACGGAAGAAAGAGACAAUGCGAAUAUAGACUGCAUUGCGCUGACUUAAAUGCUGUAACUUAGUAAUAAAUACUGCAACUAAACCUGCACACUGGUAAAUUCACAUGGCGAUAAAAACAGCUGUUUUUCAGUGCUCAUCAUUAAUGUCUUUCACAGCUGGACAGUUGGGUGUUGAUUUAAUUUCUUAGUUUUUAAAACUAUUGAAUGCAAAUAGUGUAUUAAUUUUAAUUCUUAGAUUAUUUCUAUCAACAGAGAAAUGUUUUACGUUUAGGCGAUUGUGUAAAGAUUUCAUUAAUACAAUUGAUUACCAUGCAUUUUAAGCAAGAUUUCCAAACGAUAUUAGAAAAAAUGGGCAAAAAUUAUGUGUAACAAGUCGGAACUACGUUUUCAUGUUUAAAAUUCUGUUAUAAAGUAAAACAAAACAUAUUUGUAUUCUAAGGCAUAUUACACUGCAUAUAUAAUGUAUUCUAAUUCAUAUUACACUGCAUAUACCGCCUUUAGUAAGGCAGUAUAUGCAGUGUAAUAUGUUAUCGAUAAUGACACUGUUCAUGAGUAGAUAAAGAACAUGAUAAUGAUGAGGUUUAAGAGAUUUCAGUCUUCGAGAGAAAUGGAUUCAUUAUUACAGAUAUGUCUAUCAUAAAUUCUGAAUAUUGUGUUGUAUUGUUAUUGUAUUGUAGUUAGUUGUAUUGUUGAUAAUUAUAAAAAGCUUCAAUAUAAACUAUUCCAUAUCGUCUGAACACAUUGUUUUAAACCCAUUUAGAGGACAAAACAAAAUAUUUCACAUUAUUUCGUAAACAUUGUAAGUUAAGAAAAAUAUUAGUAAUGUGAGUUUUUAUCGAUCAUGUUUGAAGCAUAAAUCCUUGAUUAUUCAAUGACAGACAAUUCUUUUUCAAGUUUAAAGAUUUAAUUAUUGAAAAAUAUAAAAUAUAACUUCU